AUGGAGAGUGGUGGGAGAGUGGAAGCAGCAAGCCCCUCUUCGGGUGGUUCUUCUUCCAUGGUUGGUGAAAAGCAGGAACAGAAACAGCAGCAGCAACAGGGAGGAGAGAUGAUAACUGAGAAGACCAGUGAGAAGGUUCGUGAUGAUGAGGUUGCUGAAGAGGAAGACGAAGAAGACGAUGGGGUUGAUGUUGGUUUUGUUCCCGGUCCUUUGGUUCCUCUCAAGGAACAGCUUGAGAAAGACAAGGCUUUUGAAUGUUUUCGAGUCUUCUGCAUUAACAUGGUUGUUGUCGAGAUUGGAGCAUUGUUGCUUGUUGAGUUCUGCUUUGGAGGUUUGAUUUAUUUCUUUUUUUUUUCCAUGGUCUGUAAGCCUGAAGAUUUGGACGAUGAGAGCUUAAGGAGGUGGAAAGAAAAGCUGCUUGGUUGUGUCCAAGAAGAUUUAAAUGGCCAAAUGGAGCCCGAAGUUACAUUCCAUUCAAUAGGAAUCAUCUCUGAGGAUUGUGGAGAAAUAAGUACCCCCUUGCCCGUGGAUGAGAAACAGAGCAGCCGAGUCCUGUUUACACUGAGAGAGGGAUCACAAUAUCGACUUAAGCUGACAUUCAUAGUUAAGCACAAUAUUGUUUCUGGCUUGGCCUACUCCAACACGGUGUGGAAGGGGGGCAUCCAAGUUGAUCAGACAAGGGGGAUGUUAGGUACUUUCGCUCCACAGCGGGAACCCUACAUACACUGCUUGGAAGAAGAGACCACUCCUACUGGUGUGCUUGCACGUGGAACUUACUUGGCAAAACUGAAGUUUGAAGAUGAUGACAAGAGAUGUCAUUUGGAACUCAAUUAUUCAUUUGAGAUCAAGAAGCGCAGUUAA